AUGCCCUCUCCUGAAUUGGCCAGUGGUUUGAACCCUUCAGACCAUUCUCCCGUUGGCUCUCAGUCGGGCAUGCAGAACGGUUCCAGCGCGUCUGAUACGGGGACAGGAGGUGUAGACUCCCUGGACAACGGAACCACCGAAUCUGUCAACGGACCUUCAUCCGAUUCCAUUGUUGAAGGAAAACAGAACGCGCAAGCUAAGAUGGGUGCAUCGGAGGGAGAGUCUAAUGAGACCAACGGCACCCACCAGGCGAACGGCACAAAUGGCUCUGCGCAAAGUAGGAAACGAUCGCGUGACGGAUCUGUCAUUCAUGCUAGCGACAUCUCGGGGACGAUGACUGUUCGGACGCGCGAGACGCCUGUCGACAAGAUUUUGCUCGACCAAUAUGUCAAUCGUGAAUUUCAAUAUUCGGCGGCGGUUGCCUGGGAGAACCCAGCCCAAGAGCUGCAGCAACAAAAGCGAUCAGAGCGCGACUUCUAUCUGGCAUUACGUCGUGAAACCCACGGAAACCCAGCAGCUUUGUUUGGAGUGGGCUACGAAGGAUUUGGAAAUCCGCGAACCGACCUCCGAAAUCAAGCUCCACAGCUUUUAUACCCUGCUCACAGACGUCGGCCAGGAAAUCGCAAAACUCGAGAACUGCGGAUUUCAAGGCGGGAUAUGAAGAUCCAAAACGAGCAGGUUGAAGAUCUCGUACCUAUCCGCCUUGACAUUGACUGGGAAAAGAUCAAGAUUCGAGAUACUUUUACCUGGAAUCUCCACGAUCGUGUCGUUUCGCCGGAUUUGUUUGCCGAAAAAUUGGUGGAGGACCUGGGACUCUCUUUGGAAACCUCCGCUCCGUUGCUGCGUAUGAUUUCGCAGAGCAUCCAGGAGCAGAUCAUGGAUUAUUAUCCUCAGAUCUACAUGCAAGAAGAACCUCUUGACGCCUCGCUACCAUACUCAGCGUAUCGAAAUGACGAGAUGCGUAUUCUUGUUAAGCUGAAUAUCACUAUUGGUCAACACACCCUCAUCGACCAAUUCGAGUGGGACAUCAAUGAUCCGCAAAAUUCACCCGAGGAAUUCGCCUUGCGUUUGACUGACGAUCUGUCGCUAUCGGGUGAAUUCACCACCUCCAUUGCUCAUUCUAUCCGUGAGCAAUCUCAAUUAUUCACCAAGUCCCUUUAUAUUGUCAGCCAUCCCUUCGAUGGCCGUCCCAUCGAGGACCCCGACCUCAGCACAUCCUUCCUCCCAACCCCCGUAUCUUCCGCAUUCCGCCCAUUCCAAGCGGCGAAGGAGCACACGCCAUAUCUUUACGAACUCAAUGAGGCCGAUCUCGAGCGCACCGAAAUUUCGAUCUCGCGAGAGCAACGUCGCCAGAAGCGAUCGAUCAAUCGUCGCGGUGGUCCGGCUCUACCCGACCUCAAAGACCGACAACGUACGAUUCGCUCUCUCAUCGUUUCUUCUGUUAUUCCCAACUCCGCAUCAUCCUUCGAAGAGAGCAACGUCAUCAAACGCUCCGGCUCUAGCCGCCGUCGUGGAUUGGUCGGAACCCGUGGUGACGACGAGUCUGAUGACUUUGAGAGUGAUGACUCGGACGAAGGGUCACCGGCUAUUGGCCCGCAUCUUGCUCAAGGUACUGCCCGCACACGAGGCAUGAGAGGAGCGGCUACAGCAGCCCACGCAGCCCUGCGCGCUAGCUUGGGACACUCCGCCACACCCGAACCCAUCUUGCAGGAGCCGACCCGAGCAUUGUCACGACGUCAACAGCAAUUGCGAGAAGAAAGUCCGGAAGAGCCUGAAAAAUUGGUUGUGAAGCUUAAGAUUCCACGAGAUAAACUGGCAGAUCUUCGUAGCGGAAAACGGAUCUUUGACCCGGCCACGCAAGCUGGCGCCAUGGCACCCCCCUCAGACAAACAGAACCGACAGCAUCAUCCCCCGCGACCUCAACAAACUGGAGCCGUCGACGCACCGAACCCGCCCCAGCAAGGGGUCCCAGGACCCCCUCCGCCUAGUUGGCUCCAAGCUGGUCUGACUCGGCUAAGGCAAUCUCAUCCCAACGAUUCCUUUGAAGGAGUGAUGCGUUAUUCUGCCGUGGAUACGGAAACCCUCGCGCCCGUCUCCAACCCAACCAACCUGCAAGCUGGUCAAAAGAUCAAAUAUCAAUUCUUGCCUCGUAUCCGCUGCCAUGACUGCCCUGGAAAGCUGUAUACCCCCGGCCCUGGAAUGACGGUGGAUAAUUUUGAAGUCCACCUGCGAAACCGACAACACAAGGAACGUGUUGAAGAACGAAUCAACAAGACCGGUGGCAGUGUACCGGCCACCCCUGACUUGACUGGCAGCGCCAGUGCCAGUCCAGCACCGGGUGCAGUGACCUCCGCCAGCGCCAGUCCAGCUUUGGGUGCUGCACCGAUCCCUGGAGGUUCUCCUUCCCAUGCCACUGGGCCACAGUCAUAA